CUCUUCUUCUUCUUCUGCAAUUGUUGCCGCAGCCGUCAGAUGUCCCCUCGACGAAGCGUAGGGUCUUCUUGACGGGGAAAUUGUAUUGACCUUAUAAAUGUCAACGAAGAAAGGCCUGUACAAAUUCAAGCCUCUAGUCUUUCACCCUGUGAGGCCGCGCGGAAACCUCAAAGAUGGGACACCAUUGCCCAUGCCUAGGAGUGGUCAUCGCAUUGUCUGCUAUGGACUGUCUUUUUAUUCCUUUGGAGGAUAUAAUCCUAAAAUCUCGACUGUUGAGUAUUUAGAUGACACUUGGCAGAGAACGCAUCCAUUGUUCCAAGAGCUAUGGAGAUUUAACAUUGUCAGCAGUACAUGGACAAGAAUAGAAGGCACUGGUGGCAUGCCAGAGGAGCUUGCUUCCCAUUCUGCUGUGCAGCUAGGUCCUAACAUGCUUGUCUUUGGUGGAACAGCUAUGCCCUUUGGAGAUUCUUCAUCAGACUCACUGUACAUUUGCCAUUUACCAACUGGAAAGUGGCAGAAAGUGGUGACAUAUGGAAAUAAGCCUGAACCAAUGUAUGGACAGGGUGUGUGUGUAAGCGAUGGGAAGUUGUAUGUCGUGGGAGGAACUACUGGCUUUCAAUAUAGCAUUGAUGUGCAUUGUCUGGAUCUUGAUGAAAGAGUAUGGGAACAUCUCUCGGCUAAAGUCAGGUCCAUUGGUGCCACUCCUGAAGAAAGGUAUCGACAUGAAAUAGUGGAACAUCAUGGCUCUCUCUAUGUUUUUGGUGGUGGGAGAUCAGGUGCUGCUUGUGAUCUGGCAUCUCUGCCAACCUUUAAUAUUACCGAACGAACAUGGACUCAUGUGCAGACUCGACCUGAUCCAGUCACUGCUUCCUUCCCUCAGCCCAGAAGAUGCCAUGUUGCUUGUAAAGUAAAAGACAGUGUUUUUAUUCAUGGUGGUUAUGAUGGUGCUGAAGCCUUUGCUGAUCUUUGGAGGCUUGACUUAGUAACAUUUGGUUGGCAAAAAUUACCUUAUAAAUCUCCUGUUCCUCUUUACUUCCAUUCUUCAGCUGUAACUGAGGCUGGCUGUAUGUACAUGUUUGGUGGAGUCAAGAAUUUGGAAGAAGAGAAGAGAACAGCUCGUGUUACCAAAGUAUGGUUGGUCAUAGGUAAACUUCAAGAUAUAUGUUGGGAUGCUUUGUGUCAUUAUGCUCCAAACAUAACCAGCCUUCCUCCCGCAACACUUUUGCAGAUGGGCAUACCUAUGUAUAUUGUAGAUAAUCUACAUCAUCAGACACCUGCUUAUGGAUAGGUUCCUUGAACACAUAAUAAGUAUACAAAUACUUACCAAACUUGGUGGGAAAGAUGGACUCGUCAUUAAUAGUUUUUUGCGUGAAGGUCAUGACAUAAUCUACAUACUGAGGUGCAGCCACUCUAGUCUUCUUCCCCUUCUCAUCAAACCACAAAUACUGUCGCGUAGUAGGUCCUGUCAUGUCUGGACAACCACUCAUCGUGCAGUAUUCAAUUACUGUUCCAUACAGUAAGUUGAUGUGUUGAAAGAAGUCAAUUGCUGAAAUUAAAAUAAAAAAUUAGUUGACUAUACUCUGAAAACAUUUAAGUUGUCUCAUUCCUUUCUACAACUCCAUUCAUUAUUCUUUCCUCCUUUUCCCAUCUACACUGAAUAUCUUACAACAAAAACUUAAUCAAUUGGUAGUAAACUUUUAACUUCAAAUAUACUUGUAGGGUCCCACACGUACCCACACACCAUCCAUCUUACCACGCCAUCCAUCUUACUUGGUCGGCUAUCCUCCUCACAACAAGCAUCUCUGUGCUCCAAACGCAUGCAAUACUAGAAACAGCAUGUAUCACUAUUACCAAUUGCAAUACAAUGUCAACAUUUCAGCUAUAUGUAUCAUAACUUCAUUUGUGUCUCAUACAUCAAUUUAUAUACAUCUUUCCAUCCUCCAACAAACAGCUGAUUGUACUGUGACCUCUGUUUUGUUCACCUCGUGUCAGGCACUACAUUUCCGCUCACAAGAGCUACUGACCUGUCUGUUUGUCUGAAUAAAUCAAUAAGUUCA